CGUCGCUCAGUCCUCCCGCUUCCUUUCCUUCUCGCACCCCUCCUUCCUUCCUUCCUUCCGCCGGGAGCGAUGGAGCCGGGACGCCGGGCGGCCGCGGCGCUGCUGGCGCUGCUGUGCGCUGGCUGCGCGCUGCGCUCAGGGCGCGCCCAGUACGAGCGCUACAGCUUCCGCAGCUUCCCUCGGGACGAGCUGAUGCCGCUCGAGUCGGCCUACCGGCACGCGCUGGACCAAUACAGCGGCGAGCACUGGGCGGAGAGCGUGGGCUAUCUGGAGAUCAGCCUGCGGCUGCACCGCCUGCUACGCGACAGCGAGGCCUUCUGCCACCGCAACUGCAGCGCGGCGCCGCAGACCGAGCCCGCCGCCGGCCUCGCGCGCUACCCGGAGCUGCGCCUCUUCGGGGGCCUGCUGCGCCGCGCGCACUGCCUCAAACGCUGCAAGCAGGGCCUACCGGCCUUCCGCCAGUCGCAGCCCAGCCGCGAAGUGCUGGCCGACUUCCAGCGCCGAGAGCCCUACAAGUUCCUGCAGUUCGCCUACUUCAAGGCAAAUAAUCUUCCAAAAGCCAUUGCAGCUGCUCACACCUUUCUACUGAAGCAUCCUGAUGAUGAAAUGAUGAAGAGAAACAUGGCUUAUUACAAGAGCCUGCCCGAUGCCGAGGACUACAUUAAAGACUUGGAAACCAAGUCGUAUGAGAGCCUGUUCAUCCGAGCCGUGCGGGGGUACAAUGGUGAGAACUGGAGGACAUGCAUCACGGACAUGGAGCUGGCCCUUCCUGACUUUUUCAAGGCCUUUUAUGAGUGUCUCGCUGCCUGCGAGGGCUCCCGGGAGAUCAAGGACUUCAAGGAUUUCUAUCUUUCCAUAGCAGAUCAUUAUGUGGAAGUUCUGGAAUGCAAAAUACAGUGUGAAGAGAACCUCACCCCAGUUAUAGGAGGAUAUCCAGUCGAGAAAUUUGUGGCUACCAUGUAUCAUUAUUUGCAGUUUGCUUAUUAUAAAUUGAACGACUUGAAGAACGCAGCCCCCUGUGCGGUCAGCUACCUGCUCUUUGACCAGGACGAUAAGGUCAUGCAGCAGAACCUGGUGUAUUAUCAGUACCACAGGGACAAGUGGGGGCUCUUGGAGGAGCAUUUCCAGCCCAGACCAGAAGCAGUUCAGUUCUUUAACGUGACGACACUCCAGAAAGAGCUGCAUGACUUUGCUAAGGAAAACAUAAUGGAUGAUGAUGAGGGAGAGGUUGUGGAGUAUGUGGAUGACCUCUUGGAGCUGGAGGAGACCAGCUAGCCCCCAGCAGCCAGAGAGACUUCCUCUUGAUGUUCAGGAAACACAGAUUCUUUGUCUUCCUUUUCCUAAUAGUACAAGUUGUUGAUACCUCGGAGCCUUCUCUUUACUCUGUGAAGUGAAAGAGAAGCCCCCAUCUCUCACUACAGCUAACCAGGGGUGAGCCUGCCUUCCACGUGUCCAUACCUGCCCCCCCUCUUCACACCUGCCCCCCUUCACACCUGCUUCCCAUCUUCACACCUGCCCCCCUUCACACCUGCCCCCCAUCUUCACACCUUCCCCCUUCACACCUGCCCCCCUUCACACCUGUCUCCCCCUCUUCACACCUGUCUCCCCCUCUUCACACCUGUCUCCCCAUCUUCACACCUGCCCCCCAUCUUCACACCUGCCUUCUCCAUUUUUAUACCUGCCUUCUCACCAUUUUGGUUAGAAGGACAGUUUUCCAUGGAUAGUUUUUUUCUUUUCCCAGAAAAUCAGUAUUAUUUUUUAAAUAAGAAAAAUACUCCUAAAAGGUGAUAAUUAUAAAAACCUACUCUAGCCUUUCUGCUUUUCCACAUUUUGGUUUUGUUUCUCCCCAUCCCCUGAUCCAGCAAAGAUGGUGAGGACAAAGGUUAAACUUCUCCUCAUGAUGGUCUGUA